AAUCAAUUAAUAAUAAUUAUUAAAAUCUCCAUAUUAAGCAGCAUUAUUUAUUUACCAAAAUAAUCUCCUUUAGGUUUCCCACUUUCCCUCCCUCUCUUAUAAUUUGAAAAGAAACCCCCCACAGCACAGCACCCUCUGUCUCUACUGAAACCCAAGUCAAACAAAUUUUGAAUCUCAGUAACUGUUCAACUCGAGGAUUUUGCUGUCUAUGUCAAAUACACGUGUUUCAUCAUCACUGGUUCACACCUUUCCAAUAAAACAAACUAAAUCAAAACCAAAAACUCUGUUUCUAGUUUCUACCGCUCUCUGCAAUUUGAGUGAGGCUUUUGGUAUUGGUGAUAUCUAAGUAAGAAGAAAGUGAGGAAGAAGGUGAUGACUGAAAUUACUAUGAAGAAUCAACUUUCACAGCCACACUGGUGGUGGCUUGAUGAAAACACCACCGUUAGAAGAUCAACAUGGCUUCAAUCUACAGUCACUGAGCUGAAUGAGAAGACAAAGACAAUGUUAAAAUUAAUUGAAGAAGAUGCAGAUUCCUUCGCGCAACGAGCUGAGAUGUUUUACAAGAAGAGACCAGAGCUUGUGAGCAUGGUUGAAGAUUUCUAUAGGAGACACCGCUUGUUAGCUGAACGGUAUGAUCAAGUCAGACCUGAAUCCGGAAUUCGCCUGCUCAACCCUCCUGCUUCAUGUAAGCAUUCUCAAUCAGAGAAGUUAACGAGUUUUGAUGAUGAUCGUGGUUAUGAUAGCUAUAGCUAUUCUGAGAGUUGUGAUGUAGAGGAAUCUGUGGAAUCUGAAAUUGAUGAUCCUGAGCACGAAGAGGAAGAACAUGAGGAAGUUCGGUCUGUGGCUGCAAAUGAUGUGAUGAAGCUGAGGAAGGAAAUUGAGAUACUUGGUGAAAAGAAGAAGGGUCAUAAGGAUCAAAUCAAGCAAAUUCAAAAAGAUGACAUGCUUGAUGUAAUGAAGUUGAGGGAAGAAAUAGAGCGAUCCGAGAAAGAGAAUGAAGCACAUAAGGAUGAACUCAAGCAGGAAAUUUCCAUUUCUAAUGAAGUAGUAAUGAAGUUGAGGGAAGAAAUAGAACAAUUCCAGCAGAAAGAUACCAUUCACGAUCAUCAAGUAAUGAAGUUGAGGGAAGAGAUACAACGACUCAAUAAAGAGAAUGAAGCACUGAAGGAUGAACUCAAGCAGAAAGACACCGUUUCUAAUGAAGUAAUGAAGUUGAGGGAAAAGAUAGAGCGACUCGAGAAAGAGAAUGAAGCGCAGAAGAAUGAAUUCAAGCAGAAAGACACCGUUUCUAAUGAAGUAAUGAAGUUCAGGGAAAAGAUAGAGCGACUCGAGAAAGAAAAUGAAGCAAAGAAGGAUGAACUCAAGCAGAAAGACACCAUUUCUAAUGAAGUAAUGAAGUUCAGUGAAAAGAUAGAACAACUCGAGAAAGAGAAUGAAGCACAGAAGGAUGAACUGAAGCAGAAAAACACCAUUUCUGAUGAAGUAAUGAAGUUGAAGGAACAAAUAGAACAACUCAAGAAAGAGAAUGAGGCACAAAAGGAUGAACUCAAGCAGAAAGCUACAAUUUGCAAUGAAGUAAUGAAGUUGAGGGAAGAAUUAGAAGAAACACACAAGAAAGAGAAUGAAGCUCAGAAAGAUGAACUCAAGGAGGAAGAUACCACCAUUUGUGAUGAAGUAAUGAAGUUGAGGAAAGAGAUAGAACGACUCGAGAAAGAGAAUGAAGCACAGAAUGAUGAACUCAAGGAGAAACAUAUCAUUUGCAAUGAAGUGCUGAAGUUGAGAGAAGAAUUAGAAAGACACAGGGAAGAGAAUGAAGCUCGAAAAGAUGAACUCAUGCAUAAACUUACCAUUUAUGAUGAAGUAAUGAUGUUGAAGGAAGAGAGGGAGAGUUUUAGAGAAGAGAAUAGGACACAGAAGGAUGAUCUGAAACAGAAAGACAAAGAGAAAAUAGAGGUAAUAAGACAGCUCAGUUCAACAAUAGAUUUGCUGAAGCAGGAGAAUGUAAAGAUGAGAAACUUCAUAGCUAAGGAAUCUGCCAAAAAAUGGAAGACACCAUUUAAGUUCAACAAACUCAUUGGAACAUUCUCAGAGAAAUUGCUUAAUGGGAUUCCAAAGACUAAGCCUAGUCUGGUAGCUCUCUAGAUAUGGUUCAAAAAUUUAAAAUACCAUGCUGUUCUAUAAAACAAUAUUAUAAAGAUAUAUUGAUACAUAUGUUAGGGCCUUAUCAGAAUUUCCUUAGAAUCAAUUCAAUAUGUUUCUUAGUGUUUAAAUGCUAGUGUACUUUCUUAUAGAACUAUAUGAAUAAUUUUUUACCAAUAUUCCAAUUGUUACAAUUUUUUAUUCAUUUAUCUAUACUGUAUUCAACCCAAUGUGCCCAUCUCACUUUUUCAUGCCUUAAAAGUUUAAUUUCCACUACUCUAUCUUAAUGCAAAGUGCACCAAAAGAAGAGUCAUUAAAAGCUUCUUUUUUGCCACAUAAGAGAGCAUUCAUUGUUCAAUUGAUUGCUAAAGCCAAUGAUCUUUAUAAAUAAAUAGGAAGUUGUCCCUGCAUUCCUAAAAUCUAUGGUAUAUUCCUCACUUUAAGGCUAUUAUAUAAAUAGAUAUCAAAAGAAUAUAGUAAUAAAAACAAAGUAACAUACACUAAAAAACAAAGAGUAAAGCUUUAGACACCUCAUGUUUUCUAUGUCACUUAUCUGGAAUUCGAAUAGUACUGGUCAUUCUUAACUUACCUCUAAUGGAACUCUGGAUUAUUAGGGUCAUCUUUCCGUAAAAAUCAUAGGGUUAAGAC